UCCUUUGACGUCACUCGGUAAGGAUGCCCUCCAGUUUGUUCAUUUCGCUUGGCGGCCUGUUUGACUUAUCGACGUAGUUUUUUUUUCCGAAGAAACAAAAACAAAUUACCUCGGAUGCUUAUCUAUUUGGCGUGAGUUCUGAUUUCUGUAGUUUUGCGAGGACAUUUCGUUGUUUAUUUUUGAAGAUGCUGUGUCGCGAGGGAGAGCGGAACAUAUUUGAAAAGGCCGGUUGAACGGAGCAGCUGCCGUCAACCAAUCGGAAAUCUGAGUGGCACCAAUGGACAGUAAGGGAGGAUCUCUACCUGCAAUGCCUGAGCCAAAGAACCCUACCAGUAUGAAACAGUUAUCUGAUUCACCAUGUGGAUGUAAGGGACGAGGUGAUGGAAUCACAGAUCCUGCUCUAAUGGAUAAAGCUGCUACUCAGCUAGCAGCCACACCCCAUGAUGGUGUUUUGCAGAAAAUUGGCAACCAUAACCACACUCAUGAACAUCUGAAGGAUUUGACAUCUCGUUUCUUCAAUGGUGAUCAGGAGACAAUGUCAAAGUUCUGCACUUCCCCCCCUGGAUCGCCCCUUCUUAAAGCGGUAGAGUCUGGACCUCAGCAUGGCAGCCCGCAAAGGAAGCCUGACUCCUCCCCUGAGCUCACACUUAAAAUAACCAAACAUUUACCUAAUGGAAAAUCACCACCACCAAGCAGGUACGAAGCUAGCUAUGGAGAAGAUGGCACAGAGGAAACAAAUGCAACUUUAAUUUUGUCAGAUGGUAUGCUAGCUCCUGCAAAUGCUAUAAAUGAAGGAAUCAAGUUGAGGGGACCAGUGAAGAAAGUGCCACCAAACAGACGGCACCCCCUCGAGCCUGCUGUUAAUGGCUCUGAGAGAUCAACUUUCACACACACCAUGGAACCAUUUGAAAAGUCCAGAGAGUCAUAUGACCUUGCCCCGGAGUCAGAUGUCCUGAUUUCCGAAUCCAAUGAUGCUACUGUCAUUGAUGUACCUACUUGUAUAACUUCGAAUGGCAUGCCUGUGUUAGAUACUGGUGAGGCUACUGUGGUUCAGGGUGUGGGUGAUGCUGAGACAUUACUAACAGAGGAGCAACCCCAUGUGCAGUUUUCUGUCGGAGAUAUUGUCUGGGCUAAAGUCUGUGGAUACCCAUGGUGGCCAUGCAUGAUCACUACAGACCCAGAGUUCAACCUUCACUUCAGAGAGAAUGCAAACAAUUGCAGAGGAUUAUUUUACCAUAUACAGUAUUUUAGCGACACACCAGAGAGAGGAUAUGUUCCUGGGAAGAACUUGGUCAUAUUCUCUGAGAAAGAGCAAUACCAAACCCUGUGCCGUGGAAAUAAACAAACCACUGUCCCCUCUGAUGGCAAGAAGCUGCAGAUUCCACGUAAAGUGCGGAUACCGUGGGAUACGGGUAUCUCCCAGGCAACAGAGGCAGUAGCUUUGCCUGUAGAGGAGCGCCUGGCCAAGUUCAGCUUCACAUAUGAAGGCAACCAACCACGGUUCAAUUCUUGUAUUCUGGAGGAACUUCAGUGCAACCAGCAGCAGCAGCAGAAUCAUGAAGAGUUUCCAGAUACAGCUAGUCUCACUCCGCCAGACUCCACUCAGUCCAGCCCCAUCACCGUACAGACACCGAGCAACCAUCUUACUCCUCCCCUUCCCACCAACAGCAGCACUUCAGCAAGGAAAACGUCCCUUGCUGCUAAAGCACCUAAAGUCCCAGCCAGCAGGGGACAAUGCAGCCACAAGGAGAAGAAUGCUCUUUGCAAAAGGAGAAAGAAAGCGGUUCCUGUUGUGGAUCUCCCUCAUAUUGACACUGGUGUGCAGGAAAUGCAAAUUGCUGCAGAUCAGCUUGAGCCUGUUGAGACGACAACGAAUAAAUCUGGAAUAUUCACAAAAGAUUCCUCUCUGAAUCAGGAUGUAUUAUUUGCUGAAAUCGACCCACAGUUUCAAGCAUCCCAGAAGAAACUGCGAAAACUCAAGCAGAAAUUUCCAGCUGCUCCAAGCUCCCUGAAAAGGAAGAAAAUUAAGGCAUCUGCUAUUACCGCUGAAAGACUAAACACAGAAUUACUAAAGCCAGUGAUUUUAGAUGCUGAAGUCUGCAAGAUGAAGAAAAAACUUAAAAAGAAUAAGACAGAUGCUGUUUUCAAAGUCAUGAAGAAGGCCUCAAAGCGUGCACUUGAGGAGCCCAAUGUGGAGGAUGUACCUCAACCCAGGAAAAAGGCCAAGCUUGGGGGCAGUUUAAAGUGGCACGAGACGCAAAAGGCACCUGAGCCAUCCGUCAGUAUGCAAAAGCGAAAGAGGCAAAAAUCUGCCAUCAAUGAGAAAAAAAAGAGAUCCAAAACACCCAUCUCGGUGGUAGAGCCUCAAAACAAGGGCAGAUGGAUUAGGAAUAAAAACGAGGACCCUAGCAACCAGACGCUAUCGGUUUCAUCCAAGAAGCAUGGCCCAUCAAUCCAGAAUUCAUAUCAGGAAAGACCAGAUUCUCCCACCGAUGAAGCCCAUGCUACCAGGAAGGCUGAGCGUGCAGUCAGUAAUAAAAAAGAGAGUGUGUGUCAGGUUUGUGAAAAGACAAGUGAGGAUCUGGUGACGUGUGAAGGACAAUGCCAUGGUUCAUACCACCUGCAGUGUUUGGGUUUAGACCAAUCGUCAGACAAGGUGCUCUGCACUGCAUGCCGCACAGGAGUUCAUGCGUGUUUCACAUGUAAGAAAUCUGAAAGAGAGUUGAAACGCUGCAGUGUCCUGCACUGUGGUCGGUUCUACCAUGAGAGAUGUUUAAGUUUAAGCGCUUUGACUGUUUUUGAUAACCGAGGAUUCCGCUGUCCCCUACACACUUGCCUCAGCUGUCACUGCAGUGGCCGUGGUACAGCAAAAGCCACCAAAGGAAAGAUGAUUCGUUGUUUGCGCUGCCCAGUAGCGUACCACAGUGGAGACCUAUGCGUAGCAGCAGGAAGUGAGACGCUGACUCCCACAACUAUGUUAUGUACCAAUCACUUCAACCCUAAGAAAGGCUACAGACAUCAUACCCAUGUCAAUGUCAGCUGGUGUUUCAUCUGCUCUAAGGGUGGCAGCCUCCUCUGCUGUGAAUCAUGUCCAGCUGCCUUCCACCCUGACUGUCUAAAUAUCACUAUGCCUGAUGGCAGCUGGUUCUGUUACGACUGCCGAUCAGGCAAGAAGCCCAAGUACAGAGACAUCAUCUGGGUCAAACUAGGCAAUUACAGAUGGUGGCCAGCAGAAAUCCGUCACCCCAGAAACAUUCCUACGAACAUCCAACACCUACGUCAUGAGAUCGGAGAGUUCCCUGUUUAUUUUUUUGGAUCAAAAGAUUACUAUUGGACCCACCAGGGCCGUGUGUUCCCAUACAUGGAGGGAGAUAGGGCAAGCAGAAACCAGAAGACUGGCAUUGGGAAGGUCUUUAAGAACGCUGUCCUGGAGGCUGAGGCUCGGUUUAACCAGAUCAAAAUGGAGAGAGAAGCUAAAGAAGCCCAGGAGAACAACAGGAAACCUCCUCCCUACAAAUAUAUCAAGGUCAACAAACCAGUUGGGCACGUGCAGAUCUACACAGCUGACAUCGCCGAGAUCCCAAAGUGCAACUGUAAGCCAAGUGAUGAGCGGCCAUGCAGCUUUGAAUCGGAGUGCCUGAAUCGCAUGCUGCUUUAUGAGUGUCACCCUCAGGUGUGUCCGGCCGGAGCUCGCUGCAUGAACCAAGACUUCACCAAGCGUCUCUACCCCGAGACUAAGAUCAUUCGCACAGCUGGCAAAGGCUGGGGUCUUAUUUCUCUCAGAGACAUCAAGAAGGGGGAGUUUGUAAACGAGUAUGUGGGGGAACUAAUCGACGAGGAAGAGUGCAGAGCCCGAAUCAAAUAUGCCCAGGAAAAUGACAUCACACAUUUCUACAUGCUCACCAUUGAUAAGGACCGGAUCAUUGACGCAGGCCCUAAAGGGAACUACUCCCGCUUCAUGAACCACAGCUGCCAGCCUAACUGUGAGACUCAGAAGUGGACUGUGAACGGAGACACACGUGUGGGUCUCUUUGCGGUGUGCGACAUUCCAGCAGGCACAGAGUUGACUUUUAACUAUAAUCUGGACUGUCUCGGGAAUGAGAAGACUGUCUGUCGCUGCGAUGCACCAAACUGCAGUGGCUUCCUAGGAGACAGACCCAAGAUCACCCCCACUUCAGAGCCCAAAGCCAAACUACAGAAGAAGAAACCUAGGCGGCGACGUGCUCGAAGUGAAGGGAAGAAGCAAUCUGAGGAUGAGUGUUUCCGUUGUGGCGACGGAGGACAGUUGGUUUUGUGUGACCGCAAGGGCUGCACUAAAGCUUACCACCUGUCCUGCCUGGAUCGAACCAAGAGACCGUUUGGUCGGUGGGAUUGCCCCUGGCACCACUGUGAUGUGUGUGGCAAACCCUCCGAGGCUUUCUGCCAGAGGUGUCCCAACUCCUUCUGUAAGGCCCAUGAGGAGGGCAUGCUGAGAGCACAACCCACCAGCAACCAGCUGUGCUGCCAGGAGCACGAUGAAUCAGACCUGCAUUCCACACCAGCGGUCACCCAGAAGUCCGAUCUCACCACUAAACACGCCAAACGUGGCCGCAAACCUGGAGCCCGGAGCAGCACUGACACUGCAGCAAAGAAGCGCUCCAGGAAGCAUCGUAACAAGCAGCAGAAGGGUCGAGCUGAAAGUGCUGCUCCCCUCUCUCCCCCUCCCUCCAUACCCUACCCAUGAUUCAGUGGUAUUGAUAUGAACAUGACUGUUCUCCCAAACUGAAAGCACUGUCUGAUCAGGGAAGUAUCUGAACACUGUAGAGCUCAACAAAGCUGCCACAUCAGGUUCCAACCCCUCAUUCAAACUCUUGCUCAUUCAGGAACCACCACACCAAACAGCCUCAUGACUACACAGCAUUACGGAGGCCAAACUUGAAUUAUUAUUAUUAUUUUUUUUUUUUUUUUUACACCUGUUUUAAUCUUUCAGAUAGAUUAUUUUUGUUUUAUUUUUUAACAGUAGAUGUGUAUGGAAAUGUGGAAAUGUGAAAUUUUCAUAUAUAUGGAAAUAUAUACGAAAGACCAAAAGUAUAAUACUUAAAUUGCUCAUAGUAUCAGAGUAUUUGUAGUGUUUUUUUUUUUUUUUGUUUUGUUUUUUUUAAAUAAAACUGCCAGUUGUACCGUUAAAUGUAAGACACUAUGGAUAGCCCUUGAAUUGUUUUUAUAGUUAAUAUAGAGUGCGUUUAACUAUAGAGCAGCACAUUUUUAGCACAUUUUUUGUUAGCUCAUUUUUUUUGAGUUUAUGUAACAUGCUAGAAUGUUAAACGAGUCUCUGCAAAAUCUACCUAUUCAGAGUUUAAAAAAAGGCACAGGAAAUCGAGUCAGGGCGCUUUUGGGUGAAAUAAAUCUUUUAAAAAUA